AUGAUCAGUUUGGAGAACUUCAAGACAUUGCCAAAUGAGAUCAUCGAUUUGGUCUUCGAGCAUCUGAUCAUCACCAUUGGAUUCUAUCGGGCUGUCCGCUUGCGCCGCGUCAACCGCUUCUUCGACGCGUCCAUCAUACGGGCUUUGUACGUCCGCUCAGUGCUAGAUAUUCAUGACCCGGACACGCCGUAUCUUGCCGAGAAGAUCCCACAGAAGUUCAUGGGCAUUGUCUACACACAACCUGUCCGGCCUCGAGAACAUGCGGUCAUUCUGGCUUAUAAAAAUAUUGUCCGCUCUAUAUGUAACACUUUGGAUACUUUUUACGAAGUGAAAGAUGCACACGCGCAAGAUGAGCGACGUCGGACCGUUGCAGGGGGGCUCAUUUACUUUGCGAAAGCUGAUCAGCUAGACCUUGCAGACGAAGUCCUGCAAGCAAGAAAUUUGCUCUGCGCUGCUGUGCUGGUUGGAGACGUUGAGGUUAUCAAAACCAUACUCAAGACGCAGCCGCACGGGUAUGAUCGAGAAGGCGCCCUGGACUGGACCGCGGUGUUUCUCCCGCCAAUAACCCAGGCUGCCACCGCUGGUCACCUCGAAGUUGUCAAGCUUCUACUCGACUGGGUAGGGGAUACUCCGGACGAUCAUGAAAAGCGCUGGAUGGUCGACAGAAGCGAUCAGGCAAAGACGAGAACAUGGAAAUACGGAGGAGACUAUUGGUGGCGCGAUCUCCACGACGAGUGCAGCGGCAUCAAUGCCUUCUCGAACGCAGUGCGACGUGGGCAUACUUCCAUUGUGCAAUUGUUUCUAGAGGAACAGCAUCGAUUGCGACCGGAUGACUUCGGAUAUCUUCAGGCGCUAUUUGCUGGAGCGACAGCUGGUCGGCCAGAUUUGAUACAUCUGUUGCUACAAUUUAUGGGAAUCUCCCUGUCUGAUUAUAGAGAUGUAGCGAUGCGCCUGGUGUGGUUCGCCACGCGCGCGCGGCAGACGGAGACUCUCGCCUGGCUUGCGGAUUGGGGAGUUGAUGUACUCGGCGAUUUUGGAAUGCAACCUGCGGAAGUCAGACGGGCGUUGUUCAUCGCUACAGCCAACGGUGAUGUGCCCACGAUCCGUUUCCUUCUAGACCGAGGAGAAAAUGUUAAGGGUCAUGAUAACCACCCGGCAGCAGCGGUUCUGCAUCAAGCGGCGAUACGAGGUCAUGAAAAAGCGGUCAAAUUGCUUCUUCAUCACGGUGCAAAUCCGAAAGAGGCCCUCAUCGUUGCUGCGCACGGCGGACAAGUUCGCUUGGUCAAAUACCUUCUGAACAAGUACCCGAGUCUAGUAUGGCUCUCACUUCAGCCUGACCUCGAGCCGGGAGGAUUCUCCGUCGCGAGAAAUGCAUUGGAAAUGGCCAUCGGAGGCUGUCAUCUCUCCACGAUCACCGCUCUAGUGCAAGCAGGUGUAGGUUUGAAUUUCGGCAGGGGUGGCAGUCAAUACUUUCAUGCGAAAUUUAAUGCAGCCUGGGAUGCCCUGGACGGAGUCAAACCCGGUGAGAAGGGAGCACUGCCGAUGAACCUGGCGAAGCGUACUGGUCGGCAAUGGGUCGUGGAUCAUCUCAUCUUUCUCGGAGCGGAGGAUACUGCUGAGACUUUCCUUCCCCGUCCCAGGUUGAUGCGACCGCAGGAUCCCAUGUGCCGAGAUCAGAUUGUGAUGACUGAACGGACCUGGGAAUGGGCAAGCAAGUACUGA